AUGAAAUUAUUCCUCCUUUUUAAUAAAAUUAAAUCAAUUACAAAAAUAUGUGACAAAAGUUCAAGCUUAGAAAACUCAGAGAUUAAAAACUAUAAGAUCUUCUUAAGGAUUUAGAAAAGCUUAAGGCAGAACUCAUUCAAUGAAGAACAGUUGGUAAUGCUUAGAAACUUGAUAGAAUUGGAGUAAUAAAGAAGAGUUUAUUUAUCAACUUGUGAGAAGACAAUGGCAAAAUACUUAACCAUCAUUAUUCAAUAAAGAAGAUAUUAAGUUAAAUGAAAUACAAACUUCCUGUUUAUCUAAGAGGUAAAUAAACAAGAGCAAUCAGAUAAAGAUUAACUAAAAGUGA